GCAAUAUGCAACAAAUACGACAAGUACGACAUCGAUAAACACAACAACCUCAACAUUCCGGCGACGAUGCUUUUUCCCGUCUUUUUGCCGCCGUCGAGGCCGACCUCAAUCAAGCCCUCCAGAGAUCGGACGCUGUGGCAACAGAGAAAAACAGGGCAACAGUUGUCGCCAUUAAUGCUGAGAUACGUAGAACCAAGGCUCGCUUGCUUGAGGAACUUCCCAAAUUGCAAAGAUUAGCGCUUAAAAAGAUUUUAUUUGUUGAAUUAUGCAGAAAACAGUAAGUUCAAAUCCCAUAGAGAAAACCACCUCAAUAUGUUGUGCUCAAAACGCGAGUGAGAAGGAUGAUAAAAGAGGGUUGUGUUUGGAUGAUCGCAUUAGUGGACUUCCCGAUGUUAUACUCGUUUCAAUCUUGUCACUAUUGACAAUGAAAGAAGCUGGAAGAACAAGUCUGCUAUCAAAGAGAUGGAGGCACACGUGGACUUACAUUACUGGUUUGAACUUUGAUUCCUUACAUAUAAUAUAUGGACUUAAACUCGAAGAAAAGGAAGUUGAAGUAGAAAGGCCAUUGUAUUUGAGUUGGGUUAAUCAAGUCUUGAAAUCGCACAACGCGCCAACUAUAGAUGAAUUCAGGGUUCAAUUUGAUCUUGAUGAAACUUGUAGACUUGAUAUUGACAAUUGGGUUAACUUUGCAAUGGAAAAAAGAGUUAGAAGGCUUGAGAUAGACCUGUCAGAAGGUGCCGCAGGUAGUAGAGAUCAUGAGAAGAAUUACAAUUUUCCUGACGCAUAUGGUAUUACAAAUCACCUACAUUCAUUGUCUCUUGGGUUUACUAGCUGCAACUUCUUGACUAAUCUUCUGCUGACAGACGUCAAUGUAAAUGGACAAGUUCUCGAGUACUUCUUAACUAACUGUCCAUUAUUGGAACAAUUGUUUGUGAAAAAAUCUUAUAGUCUUGUAAAUUUGAAAGUUCCUGAUCUCUCACUCAACUUGAAGCGUUUGGAGAUAAUUAAAUGUUGCAAUGUGGAAAGUAUUGAGAUUUUUGCUAUGAAUCUCAUGUCAUUUAGGUACUACGGGCCAAAAAUAAGCCUGCCAUUUAAGAAUGUCCAGCCACCUAUUGAUUUGUUUAUCGGGGGUUAUUAUUGUGAUUUUCUAAUAAAUAAGUUUUUGGAGAUUUCAAGCUAUCUUUCGCGGCUAGAAAGCCUUACGUUGCAGAUGCCAAGAUUUAUGGAGUUUGGUCUUGAAGAAGAUGCUAAAUUUCCUGUAUUAAAUAGACUUAAGCGACUGGAGUUGAUAACGGGCACUGUUGAUGGUGUAGACCUUGUUGCUUUUGCUCCCCUGAUAGAGGCAUGUCCUUUCUUGUCUAAAUUUGUGUUCCAGCUGGAAUGGUGCGAGAGCAGUCGGAAAUUAAAACAUAGCAUGUUUACAUCUCGGCCCCAUCAGUACCUUAAGGUGGUAGAAAUAAUUGGUUUUGUUGGGCUUACAAGUGAUGUUGAACUUGCAAUGUAUUUGAUUAAGAGUGCUAUCAAUCUUGAGAAGAUUACUUUUGAUUCUCGCCAACCACUUCUAAUCGGAACUCCAUGGGAGUUCAUGGAGACCAAGGAGAGAAGGGUAGCAAGAAAACGCGCCAAGAAGCUUGGCACCAAACUUCCCGCUGGAGCAACUUUGGUAAUUCUUUAAUUAUAUGUUUGUAUAAGCUAGAGCAGCUUUGGUAGUUCUUUAAUUGUAUGCUUGUAUAAGCUAUUUCUCCUACAUCCUGCCUGUAUAAGCUAUGGCUUGCACAUCCUUCCCUUGGUAAGUGUAUUUGGUAUUAUAUGUUGGAUAAUUGAACCUUGGGUGGGAAAUAAUUUGAGAGAUUUUUCAUUUA